GUGUGUGUGUGUGUCUCCUUCCUGUCUGCUCUUAUCUGUCAUGCUGACGAUUCUUUUUUUGCCACCCCCUCCUCAUUUCAGCUUCAAAGCAACUGACGAACGAGACACUCCUCAUCCUCCCUGCUCACUAAUUCCUUCAGUUUCUCCACAUUUCUUAUUUUAUUAUUCGCGUUCUGCUCCUAGUAUUUCAUUUUGUUUUCCACUGGUGCUCUUUUGCCACUUUUCCCUCUCCGUCAAGUGUCCUUCCCUCCUCUCAUGCGUCCUUUUUCUCGCUCCCUUGCAGUCUCGCCCCUCCAUUGCUUCCCAUAAAUUUGACUGUAACUCUUGAAGCGACACAAGUUCACAUUUUGGGCUGUUUGACUCCCCGGCGGUUUUGUGAGGCUGGCUGCGCGCCCGACGAGUGCGCCUCGCCGCCGUGUGGGAUCGCGGCCGCGGGCCCCCAGAUGUUGUUGGCCCAACUCGGACUGCCUGGGCCUUCGUGCGGCGGAGAUACCGCAAUGAAAUGUGAGCCCACUCCGUAGUUUUGGGGAUGUUUUACUCGGGCCGGGACAAGAGACACGUUAGCAGGCCACAGCCCAGCCGGAGCAAAUGUUACAGCUCCGGGAAAACGAGGCCGAGCCACACCGCAGCGGACGCCGACGAAAGGACGCCGCAAGACGAUAUGGCUGAAGAUGUCGAUGGAUUCUGAGAAUUCCUGCGUGCUGUUGUCCUCGCGAGACUCCCGCAUCUCUUGCGUCUUCCAAGCGGCCGACGACAAAGAUGAUGACGCUCAGGCAACGGGAGAGGAGAGCGUUUUGGAGAUGCUGAGCUGCUCCAAGUUCUCGGACCUGGAGACGUGGCUGUGCAUGCCCUCCUCGCUCCUGCUGCCCAGACUCUUGGACUCUACCCGCACCUUGUCGUCGUCGACGUCGUCGUUGUCCUGCGCCUCCAAUUGCCGACGCUCCACCUGCAGCGAUGCUGGCACAGCUGACAGGACUCCCGAGAGGGGCACCGCCUUCCUGGCCCCGCCCUUGGGCAAGGAAACGCCCUUCCUGCUGCCCAUCCUCUCGUCCACGCCCAAUGCCGCCUCGGCAGCCGUCAGCAUCAGGAAGCGCCGCCGCCUGGCCGCCAGUCCCGGAGGUCUUCACUGGAAGUCGACAGGUUCGCUGCAGUCACCUGACCCUGGCGAAGAGGAGGAGGAGGAAGGUGGUCCUGGUGAACUGGCGAGGGGCCGCCGGGGGGGCGGGGCUGGUGAGCGGCCGCCGGUCAGAAAAACGCUGUCGGUGGAUGAGCAACUGCUGCGGCCGGCCGGCGCCGAGCAACGCCAUCUCAAGCUGCUCGGCCGACUGGAGAGAGGACGCAAGAAGCUGUGCAACAUCCACAGUCUGGGAACGCCGAGUAGAUACGACUCCAAAAAGAAGUCGGACAGCAAGCUCUCCCGAUUGGCUCAGAGGUGGAACCAGCGCGCGGCAGCCGGAGAUGCUCUGAUCCAGGACCUCCAGUUCUACACGGGACUCCCCUGCGCCUCACGAAGCCUGGACAGACGCCUCCCGGCUGUUCUGACCCAGCAGAUGCAGAACUUGCAGUUGUCUCAAGCCAAGAAGGUCGCGGGAGGGCCGGCCUCCCCCAAUGCCGCCAAGCGCCUCUAUCGCAACCUGUCGGAGAAGCUGCGAGGAAGCACGUCGUCCUUCGAAGACGCACACUUCUUCGGGAAGAGCGAUCGCCUUCGCAAGGCCUCGACGAUGCAGGGCGGCGAGUGCCUGUUGGAAGCGGUGGAGCAGCAGGACCUGGACAUGGUCCAGAUGCUCCUGUGCCAGCUGACGGCAGACGAGCUGGACCUGAACACACCCAACAGCCAGGGGCUGACGCCGCUCGACGUCGCCGUCAUGACCAACAACGUGCCCAUCGCCAAGUUGCUCCUCAAGGCCGGCGGGAGGGAGGGGCCGCACUUCGUGAGCGCGGAGAGUCGCGAGGCCCACCUGGCGGCUCUGGUGGCCGAGGCGGAGCAGCGCGCCGCCGACCUGUCGGCGCGGGCGCAGCGAGACGGCCUGUCGCUGGAGGCGUGCCACAAGGACAAGCAGCUGAGAGCCUGGGAGUGGAGGUGCAAGCUCUACAAGCACAUGACGAGCGCAUUCCAGCACGCACCCCCCCCCGAGGCCCCCACGUUGGUCCGUCUGAGCGUGAGCAGCAGCUCCACGCUGACCGUCACCUUCCAGGAGCCGCAAGGCCUCCACUCCACCGUCGUCACCAAGUACAAAGUGGAAUGGAGUUGCUUGAAGGAUUUCUCGCUCCUGGCCGGAGAGAUGCUGCUGGAGAACCUCCAGAGUCUAAAAUGCACCAUCAGCAGCCUCAGCACGGGUCGCCUGUACUUUGUGCGAGUGUCGGCCUACAACAUGAAGGGCUGGGGUCCGCCCGCGUGCUCCUUGCCGCCGUCUGCCGCUCCUUCCAACUGGCGAGAGAGCGACGGGCGGGAGCCAAGGAGGCGCAGCCACGUGGAGGUUAUGGAGCGUCUGCUCCAGCAAGUCCGAGCCACGCAUUCGCACUAUUGCUGCGGAGAUGCUUCCAAGCUGCACAACACGAGCAGGAAGCAGUCCGUCUCCAGAAGCCUCAAACAUCUUUUCAACUCCUCCAACAAGUUUGUGAAGACACUGAAAAGGGGCAUCUACUUGGCGGCCGUCUUCUACCACAAGGACAAAUUGCUGGUGACGGCCGAGGACCAGAUCCCCAUUGUGGAAGUGGACGACUCCUACAGCAGCUCCCUCAUGCAGGACUUCCUCUGGUUCACUAAGCUGUCGUGCAUGUGGGAGGACGUGCGGUGGCUCCGCCAGAGCACGUCGGUGUCCACGUCGUCGUCGUCCACGCUGCAGGCGCGCCACAAGAUGCUGAGCGCCGCCGGGCAGCUGCAGAACUUGCUCGGCACGCACAACCUGGGCCGCGCCCACUACGAGCCGAUCAAGGAUCGCCACGGCAACGUGCUGCUGGUGACGGUGCGCGACGCCGACGGACAGCACGCGCUCCUCAGUGGCAAGUGGAUGCAGGUGGCCAAAGUGCAGAGUCAGCGCAAGUCCCUGUCCACGCCCGAGGAGCCGUACGCCCUCGACGUCCUCAUCAUCACGCUGCAGGACAUCGUGGCGUACCAGCGCCGCAGCAGCCAGCGGUUGGCGCCGGGCCUCUACCUAGGCUACCUGAAGCUUAGCAGCUCCGUGGACCAGAUCCGGGUCCUGGUAUCCCAGAGGAACCCCAACAUGCUGUGUCACGCCCGCGUGCGAGAAAACGCCAACGUGUCCAGGGAGGAGUGGGAUUGGAUCCGCACGCUGUCGGCCGCCGGCGAGAAGGACCCGGACGGCGAGGACGGCGGCGAGGAGGCCCGGCCCAGGCCCGAAAGCCACGCGCCGCUGCUCUACUACGAGCUCCAGACGGCCAUCAAGACCCUGCUCAAGAACCUCAACCUACCUCUGCACCAGGCCCGUCACUUGCGCCUGUACAGCCAGGAAGUGGUGGAGCUGGGUCACGGCGUCUGCUUCCUGCUGCUGCUGCCGGCCGCCGAUGACGUCUGCUCGGCUCCCGGCCAGUCCAACCCCUACACGCCGCUCUCGGGCUUCCUGCACCUGCCGCUGCAGAUGUUUGAGCUCGUGCACUUCUGCACCUACAAGGAGAAAUUUAUCAGUUUGUACUGCCGCCUGUCGUCCGUGUUGGACCUGGACGCCCUCAUCACCCAGCAGGCGCUGCGGGAGGCCAUCACGGACAGCGAGGUGGCCAGCGCCAAGCACCGACAUCAGCUCAUCCUCGACUACAUCCAGCAGCUGGACGAGACUCGUCGGGACCUGCGCUGGCUGACGGACGCGCUGCAGUACGCCCGCUACAAGCAGCCCUGCGGCGGCGUUCCCGUCACCUGCCUGGUGGACGCCGGCGCCCCGGAGAGCGACGGCGGCCAGCACAAAACGGACUCCACCUCCUCCGCCAUGGACUACCUGCCUUCGCCUUCGCCCGAAUUGUGCAGGAGGAAGGCCAUCAGCGACUCGCUGCUGGGCUCGGACGAGGACGCUUCGUCGGAGGUCUUCCUGCCCACCGACAGCGACUACGACUCCAGCGACGCCCUGAGCCCCCGUGAGCUGGACCUGCUCUACUCGCCCCCCCAGGACCUGUCCCAGCAGGCCAUGCACUCGCUGGGGGGGAGCGCCCCCGACGUGCUGCAGAUCCACGAGCUCAGGUACAGCGCCCGCCCUGUCACGGACCUCCCGCUGUCGCCAAGCCCGGAGGACGGCAAGUCACAAGAUGGCGCGGCGCCCUUCUUCCCCCAGUCACCGCCGCCGUCCAAAGACUUCCCCGCCUUUCCCUCGGCCCUGCCUCGCUCCCCAUCCCUCCCCCGGCCCCUCCCCGCGUCGCCGUCCACCCCGCUGUCCCCCCGCUUCGUCGGCGACCUCCCGCUCUCCUUGCCGCUCUGCCCGGCGCUGUCCCGCACCGCCGAGACUCUGGAGGGCCUCUCGCUCUCAAGGACCCAGCCGGAGGGUGGCGCCCCCCAGCUGAGGCCCGUCCCCAACCCCCCAUCCAAGCGCAAGCUGCUCUCCAGGAGCCACCGGGGCCAGUAUUUCAGCGGGCCCCAGCGCUGGCUGAGGGGACACAGCGGGGAAAGCCACACGGGGUCUUUAUCCGAGGGCGUCUACACCAAGCAGUGCGACCCGGACCUCCCGCCGCCCAAGGAGCCGCCGCCCCCCCCGCAGGGCGCCACCUACGUGAGCCGCACCGACUGCGUCCUGGAGAGCCGCAAGGGUCGCCCCCGCGAGCCCAGGCCCCACGUGCGGAGGAUUUUCGCCGACGCUGGCAAGGAGCCGGAGGGAGCGGUGGCGCGGUCGGAGAGCGGUGGGCAGCAACAGGAAGGGGCGGCCGGACAGGACGUCGACUCAGACGAGCAAACCAACGCACAAGUGUCGGCGAUUCUCAGCAGCACGCUCUAGGCCCCGCCCCCCCCCAAAAAAACUCUCGCACAUUUCCACACGUACUUUGGCUGUUUUCAAAAACUCUCCGGAUGAAAUCACAGUUGUCACAUUUUGGCCAAUGGCAAGCCUGAAACAUUGACAUCAGACGACUCGGUCGCCUCCAGUCGUAAAAGGUACGUUCAUGUUUCGAAUCGUUCCAAAAUGAGCCUCUUGACGAAGGCCUGCUGCACACCGAGCUUGCGCAGCCGUCGGCGACUCUUCGCCGCACGCCCAGCCACUGAGCAC